UGCCAAUUCCAUUCCUGCGUAAGAGCGCCGCUGUUCUCGCUCGCGCGCGCGCGCGGGGUUUCCCAAAGCAGACUGCAGGGUUACCGCGCCCAUCUCCGUCUGAUGGCCGGAUGAGAGGUGAACUGAACUGGAGAGAAGUGCUCCUUCAAGGAAGGCAACGGGAAGUGGCCACCGACGGAUUUAUUCGUUGACCAAAAUCUGCAAUCGGACAUUAAUGACUGCAGUUUUUCAUCGCAGUUGAGAUCCCCUCUCAAACAGGCUCAUUUCCCGCCCGCUGGAGCGAGUUUUGUCGCUGUGGCAGUUGGACUCGGUACUUCUCCCGCUGCUAGUUAGCGAGCUAGCUCGUCUUGUUCGUUGAUGCGUGGAUUUGACAGCCACACCAUCGUUUUUUUUCGGUCAAUGCCAUAUAAACAAAACCCAUUUACGACUGAGAACAGAUCAGAACGUGUCCUGGCAGUAGGAGUGAGGCAGAGCUUUAGAAGAGGAAAAUGAGUGAACUGGACCAGUUACGCCAGGAGGCCGAGCAGCUGAAGAACCAGAUCAGAGAUGCAAGGAAAGCUUGUGCAGAUGCCACACUAUCACAGAUCACAGCCAACAUCGACCCUGUUGGCCGAAUCCAGAUGCGCACAAGAAGAACACUGCGAGGACAUUUGGCUAAAAUCUACGCCAUGCACUGGGGCACCGAUUCCAGGCUGCUUGUCAGUGCCUCCCAGGAUGGAAAACUCAUUAUUUGGGACAGUUAUACCACAAAUAAGGUCCACGCCAUUCCUCUGCGCUCCUCCUGGGUGAUGACCUGUGCCUAUGCUCCUUCAGGGAAUUACGUUGCUUGUGGAGGCUUAGACAACAUCUGCUCCAUCUACAGCCUCAAGACUCGCGAGGGGAACGUGCGCGUCAGCCGUGAGCUGGCCGGACACACAGGAUACCUCUCUUGCUGCCGCUUCCUUGAUGACAACCAGAUUGUGACAAGUUCUGGCGACACCACCUGUGCUCUCUGGGACAUAGAGACCGGUCAGCAGACGACCACAUUCGCAGGUCACACCGGUGAUGUGAUGAGUCUGUCUCUGGCUCCGGACACCAGGCUGUUUGUGUCAGGAGCCUGCGAUGCUUCCGCUAAACUCUGGGAUGUCCGUGAGGGCAUGUGCAGACAGACUUUCACUGGCCACGAGUCGGACAUCAACGCCAUCUGUUUCUUCCCCAACGGAAAUGCGUUUGCGACUGGCUCUGAUGAUGCCACCUGCAGGCUCUUUGACCUGCGCGCUGACCAGGAGCUCAUGGUCUACUCUCACGACAACAUCAUCUGUGGCAUAACCUCUGUGGCCUUCUCGAAGAGCGGCCGCCUGUUGCUCGCCGGCUAUGAUGACUUCAACUGCAACGUGUGGGACACCCUCAAGGCUGACCGUGCUGGUGUGCUGGCUGGCCACGACAACAGAGUUAGCUGUCUGGGUGUAACUGAUGACGGUAUGGCAGUGGCUACAGGGUCCUGGGACAGCUUCCUCAAGAUCUGGAACUGAACGCUGAAGGUGCUUUCAAUACAUCGUGUCCGAUACAAUAUCAUUUGAGCUCCAAAGUUGACUGGAAGACCAUUCCAACUUUAGAAUGUUAAAUUUCACAGCAUCGUCAACAACAAAACACCUUAUAAAACUGACUGACACCACCAUGAAAAGAAAUAAAACUUCUGAGGGAAAACAAUGCCUUUCCUACACAAAGAAGAGCACAAUUUGUUUUAUCACCCAACUUAAAAAAAAAAACUAAAAAAAAAAAAAAAGAGAGAGAAAAGAAGAUUUCCUGUGGUAUCAAAUGAAUAACUUGCAUUCCUUCUCGGACCAUUCUGUCACCCUGUAAGAGAAAACACAAAACACUAUCAUCCUACGCUUAUGUACCAUGUGUCUAGAAAGCAAAUGUUGGCGUGUAAUUGUACAAAUUAUUUAACUUUUUUUUUUCUUUUUCUUCUUUAGUUCCUUUUAUCUGAUAGUUCCAUUUUCUAGAUCUUUUUCCCGCCUGUUUUUUUUUUUCUGUUUAGAUAUGUUUCUGAUUAGUAAAAUAUUUUAAUCCUGUUAUAAAACCAUGUGAAAACAAGAAGAGUCAUGUAAAAUGCUGAAACUAGACCAGGAAGGAAGAGCAGCUUUUUUGACGAUGCCAAUCAUGUGUUUUGUUUUGUUAUUUUUGUGAGCACUAGAGGUUGUGUAUUUUUCAUGAACAUUACUUGAGCUAGAGGUAAAGUUCAAGCGCCCUCUUGUGAAAGCUUAAUUUUCAUAUUUUUGGGCAUCCCCAGACAGCGCUCACCUCUGAUUGUUAACAUCGCUAGGCUGUUGCCGAUCACUGGCUAAUAAGAA